CCCGGCUCGUUGGGGUCCUGCGCGGCGGCGGCGGGCGGGUCGACUAGUCGGUGUCUCCUUCACUUCGUCCUCCAGUUCGAGCGGCCGCAGCCAGCGCGGUCUCCUCACGGCGAGACCCUCCCGGCUCCCCUCGGACAGCCCCGCCGGCCAGAUUCAUUAGAUUGGCCUAGCUAUGACUUAUCCUCCACCAUGUUCCCCUCCGCCUCCGAGACCUCCAAUGGCGAUCCCUCCAUCAUAUGCAGAUCUUGGCAAAUCUGCCAGAGAUAUCUUCAACAAAGGCUAUGGUUUUGGGCUGGUGAAACUGGACGUGAAAACAAAGUCUGCAAGCGGGGUGGAAUUCACAACAGCUGGUUCAUCAAACACAGACACAGGGAAAGUGAAUGGGAGCUUGGAGACCAAAUACAAAUGGGCUGAGUAUGGUCUGACUUUCACAGAAAAAUGGAACACAGAUAACACUCUGGGAACAGAAAUUGCGAUUGAAGAUCAGAUUGCCAAAGGUUUGAAGCUGACAUUUGACACAACCUUCUCACCAAACACGGGGAAGAAAAGUGGCAAAAUUAAGUCAUCUUAUAAACGUGAAUGCGUAAAUCUUGGUUGUGAUGUUGACUUUGAUUUUGCUGGACCUGCGAUCCAUGGCUCCGCUGUCGUUGGUUACGAGGGCUGGCUUGCUGGUUAUCAGAUGACUUUUGAUAGUGCCAAAUCAAAGCUGACAAGGAAUAACUUCUCUGUGGGUUACAAAACUGGAGACUUCCAACUGCACACUAACGUCAAUGAUGGGUCAGAAUUUGGUGGCUCAAUUUACCAGAAAGUGAGCGACAGUCUUGAUACUGCUGUAAAUCUAGCUUGGACAGCGGGCAGCAACAGCACUCGUUUUGGCAUUGCAGCUAAAUACCAGUUGGAUUCCACUGCUUCCAUCUCUGCAAAAGUGAACAACUCCAGUUUAGUUGGAGUGGGUUACACCCAGACUUUGAGGCCAGGUGUGAAGCUUACACUCUCCGCCCUGGUAGAUGGGAAGAGCAUCAAUUCUGGAGGUCAUAAACUUGGUUUGGUCUGGAGUUGGAAGCUUGAAACAGCCGAAGGAACUGCUGCAAGGAAGGGAUAUCAGAAGAAUUUGGCCUUAAAAAUGUAUUUCCAGUGUGAUCAGCAGGCUUUUCAUCCCAACAGGGAUGACCUAGAACAAGAGCUGUAUUCAAAGUAUUUUAGACAGUUACUUGUUAGCUGGUUUCUAGUUAAAUUGGUUACCUAUCUAGUUAUCAAUUCUGCAUUAGUGCAGUCACUUAUACAUUAUUUAAAUGUAUUUAACUGUUUAAUGCGCUACCCACAAAUAAUGAAAUAGACCUUUAUGAAAACUGUACAGUUGUGUGCAUGUUUGUUUUUAUGUUCCUUUUAACAUUUUGAUAUUGCCAUUGAAUGAGAAAUGGAUCAGUGGAUGUUUUGAAAUGAGGUCAGCAAUUUUGUUAAAUCACCUUAAUUAGAAAUACUUUUGGUAUCCCAAGACAACGCAAAUUAUGAAUAAAACAAAUACACACACAUAUUUGUGCCUCCAAAUAUUUUAAGAGUUUAGCUAUUGAUAGGGCUCAGUGAGCUUUAGUUUACUUAUAAAAUCAUUGUAGUGCCACACACCUUAGUCAUCAGUGAUCGUGAGCUUCCAUUAUGGGCCCAGUCCUUUUGACCCAUGUUGAAGCAAGCAGGUUUCUGCUGAGGACGAUUGGAUGGGAACUCCUUUAGGAGCCAGUGAACCUCACCCCUUGAUCUAUUGCUGUGGUACGACAAGGCCCUCUUUCCGUAUUCUCCAGUUCUCCUGUCCCUCCAUGGACCAAGUGCAUUUUGUCCCGUACUCUGUGCCUACUGGGCUGGAGAGUACAAUACACUCACUACACCGUCGGACUUGAAAAAUGCCCCCUACAUCUCCCACUAGUGUCUGGCUGCAGAGUGGAGGCCCACUCAGUACAAUCAACUGGCCAUGUGAGCAGGAGUAUGCUAAGCUUCUAUUUAGAAUGUGUGAAAGAUAGUGAUUUACUUUAAUCCUUAGAGUGAGAAAUAGGAGAUAAAGUUUGCAUUUUUCCUUUGAUGUUACAGUUCUUGGCAAGUAUCAGUGAUUAAAUGUGGUAACUCCUGAAGUUGUUGCAGUAAUGCAAGUGCUAAAAAGAUUUCCUAGGUAUUAGAAUACAGCUCCAAGUGGAAGAGAACCUUGCUAGAAGGGAUACUGGAAAUGCAUGUGCAGUGAUCCUCCUAACAUGGAGAUGCAAAGACUGACUUUAAGGUCACAAUUCUAGUUCUGAAUUUGGGGACUUAUAAAUAAGGUAAAUAUAUAUGCAUAUAUUUAGAAAAUUCAGUCACAUGCUGCUAAAGAGACAUCCCCCCUUUAGGGGGCUGUCUCAGGGAGAUUCUUCCCCUGGCAUACAUUUUACGUGCUUUGCACUAUAUAGCCACAUUGGUGUACAUCUGAAUUUACACUACUAGAUGGGAGGAACAGCCUGGAAGACAGCAUCUGUUCUGGGGUACUAAAGAGCAAUGUGGUAGAUUUAAGCUAUUUAAAUAAUUACUAGCAUUUCCUACUAGUCACCAUAGUCAGUAGGGUGGCUUCCUUUUUAUGGCAAAUGUACUCUUCUUGUGAUAAGAGUAUUUUACAUUGAGUAUUACCUGGUAUGGAAGGGAAGAUGAUAAAACAUCAGAUUAGAGCUGAACUAAGGCAUAUAACUUGUUACUCUUCCCGUAAUUACCUUGGUGACUUUAAGAUGAUACACAUAAGCCUUGUAUUUUCAUUAAACUGGUUUAAAGACUGA